UCAAGAGCGGUGUAAAUUAAUCUUCGGAUAGCUCUUCAAAACACCGGCACCGUUUCAUACUCUACGCAUGAACGCGAUGAACCAGCUGCAUGAACUUCUCGCGCGAGGGCAUGCCUGAAGUAGUCGUGCGAAAUAUUCUAUGCGUUUUCCGUUACGAGACUUCCAACGAGGCGGUCGUGCUCGACACUCAACAGGCGCCGUAUAUCGCUCGACCGGGAAGAAAAGUGUCUAAAGGAGGUGUGUUUGUGAAGUCCACUGCUGUCAGAAGUGAAGUUUUUCAAGGCUUGCUGUGCUGUGAAAUCGACCAGAACAGCCUCCGUCUUGGACGAAUAGUGUGCACUGCUCCAGCAGUCCUUAUCAGCUACUACUACUCCUCUGGUACAUCCGACAAGUCUCAACAUGAACUACAUCAGCGUUCUAUCGAUACUAACUGGUAAGCAAAACGGACUUGUUUUGAUUGUUUGAUAUUCAUCGUAGAUGUAAGUAUUGAGUACUAAUGUGUCAAAUAUCUGACAGCUGUCAACUGUCAUGCGUAGAACAGUGCUUACAAACUCUACUUAAAAAUGGAUCCAUUUUUUUGCUUUGAAGAGAAACUAACGAAACACUAUUAAUGAACUCUCUAGCAUCUUUCGUCCGAGAUGCUUGACGCUGAAGGAGCAUAAAUCAGCGGAAAACGAUAAGCUCCAACCGUUCGAACGUAUCAGUCACUGGAAAAUGGGAUAAGAAAAAAACAGAACAGAACGGAACAGCCAACCGUCUUAACAACAACAAUACAGUCGGUUUCUUUGCAUCGUUCGUAAGUGGCUGCAUGAAACUGACACAAAUCGACGGAAAAUGUGUUGCAUAUUCUGCUGACGUGCUGCUGUGCAAGAUGGCUGCGCGUGCUGAAGCACAUAUUUUAUCCCGGUAUUUAUGUAUUUUCUAUGCACGGGACGCGCGAUGUGAUGAGAAAAAUGCAAUUUGAAAUGCAUUAUACCGUUGCUAGCUUUUGCGACGAAGGCAGCAAGGACGAGCGCCUUAAUCCACUCCAGUAGGACACUAGGGACGAUGAAAACGUCGUGAUCGUGUGCUUGCUUCGUGCGGGGUGGUGAAAGUCACGCACGCCACGCCACAUUUUACGCUGCCGAGCAAAACCGAAGACGGUUCCGUGUUUCAGGAGUCCGACCACCAGUUGCAUGUUGACGAUUCAUCUUUCGCGAACGCAGGAAAUUACGUUUUUAUGAGGAUUGAUAGUGGCGAAAAGGGCGAAGGAACGAAUCUCAAGCCAGAAGCCGGCUUCCGGGCGGAUGGGGCGUGAGUAAGAUUGUCCGCCCUGUGUUGAAUAAAUCACCAAUCAGCCAACAGUCUG